AUGGAAGAAGACUAUUCUACUUCUUCCACAGAGUUACAGUUUGAAUUGAGUCUGUCUGGUUCUUCAGCUGAGGGAAGCUCUUCCAAUGAAAGGAGUGAAAAUCCAAAGCAAAAUACUAGAAGCUUAUUUAUGAAGGUUUAUUUUGAUGGACUACCCUUUGGAAGGACAGUAGAUUUAUCAACUCAUGAUGGUUAUCAAAGCCUGGAAGAAACAGUUGAAGAAUUGUUCAGCAUCAAAAUUAUCAAUUCUGCAUCAAAUAUACUCACCUAUGAAGAUAUAGAAGGAGAUUGGAACAGGGUUGGAGAUGUCCCAUGGGAGUAA